AUUGCUUUAACUUUCCAAUUUCCCUUCGAACACGUAUCAGCUGUAAGUCUAAGUUACAUCACAAGCAGCAAAGUCCGACUACACAAUGUCUUUAUUACGUUCUCUACGCCAGUUAUUAAGAAUUGGAAAUGAAGCAAAUUAUCACAAAUCAGGCACUUUACUGGCAGCACUUCCAACCUCAACUUUCCUUAACAAACGGACCUAUGCCAUGGUUCCUAUUGUCAUUGAACAAACUGGAAGAGGUGAACGAGCCUAUGACAUCUUUUCACGACUUUUGAAGGAGAGAAUUAUUUGCAUCAUGGGACCAAUUGAUGACAACAUUGCAAGCUUAGUUAUUGCCCAGCUUUUGUUCUUGCAGUCAGAGAACACCAAGAAGCCAAUUCAUAUGUACAUUAAUAGUCCUGGAGGUGUUGUGACAUCAGGCCUUGCAAUCUAUGACACAAUGCAGUAUGUGCAGCCUCCUAUAGCCACAUGGUGUGUGGGUCAGGCCUGCUCCAUGGCAUCUCUCCUGCUUGCAGCUGGAAGUCCUGGCAUGAGACACUCUCUACCUCAUUCUCGAAUCAUGGUACACCAGCCUCAUGGUGGUGCACAAGGACAGGCAACAGACAUUCAAAUCCAGGCAGAAGAAAUUCUUCGACUGAAGGAAAGAUUAAAUAAUCUCUAUGUCAAGCAUACUGGCUUGCCUAUAGAAAAGAUUGCACCGAUGAUGGAGCGAGACAAGUUCAUGGGAGCAGAGGAGGCCAAGGAGAUGGGCUUAGUUGAUGAGGUUCUUACCAGUCCGCCCAAAGUAGGAGACAAAAAUAUUCAAACUUCUGAGUAAUUUUUUCCUUUUCAAAAUGUCUUUAUGUUGGGACAAUAUCAGAUGUGUAUAUAUGGUUUUGAUCUCCUCUAGUAUCAUUGUUUUGUAUGUGUCUGUUCCAAACAGAGAUUUAAAAGCAUGGAUAGGAAAGGGAUUUUUAUCAUAUUGCUAAAGUACAUUUCAGUAGCUUAAUCAUUUUCAGUGCUGGGUUGCUAGAUGAUAAAGAGAUUUGGCAGAACAACUGCAGUGUAAUGCCUCUUUGUUGUAAAUACUUUUUGUAUCAAUAAAGAUUUUGCAAAAUUG